GCGUCACCUACCGCAUACUCCUACAUCAAGUUUGCCUGCCUCGCUUACGAGCUGCCGCACCAUACCGCUGUGCCACUGUGCGUGUGCCGUGCGAGACGGAGACGCCUCGCUUGACCGAUAAGUACUGAUACCUCCUUCACAGAACUGCGUGUGCGUGUUUCUCCUUUACUUCUCCGAUACAUAUACGUACUUGUCUUCUUCAUUGAUGCUCCACCACACGUGGCUGCGACGGGGUUCCGCCGUGGCGGCGCUUCCCGCGUUUCAAAGCUUCGAGAGCGGCGUUGCCGGGACGAAGGACUGGCGCUUCUUCCUGCGCGAUCCGACCAGAAAAGACGCAGUUAUCUCCGCCUGGCACGACCUGCCGCUGCGGCUCACCCCCACCACCCCCACGAAAUCGGCCGCCGCCGCAGAUCCGCGGCUCUACACGUCGAUGAUUGAAAUCCCUCGCGGCACGCGCGCCAAGAUGGAGCUGUGCAAGGAGGAGAAGCACAACCCGAUUAAGCAGGACGUCCUCACCAAGCAAGAAGGGCAGCCGCUGCGGUUCUUCCGCUACGGCGACAUGCCGUUUAACUACGGCUUCCUGCCCCGCACCUGGGAGGACCCGUCGCACAAGGAUCACCGCACCGGCUGCAUCGGCGAUGGCGAUCCGGUGGAUGUGGUGCACUUUGGGCCGGCGCACGUCUUGGGCCAGUACGACGUCGUGCGCGUGCUCGGCGUGUUGGGGUUGAUUGACGAGGGCGAGACGGACUGGAAGAUCAUCGUGGAGUCCGCCUCCCCAGCGGCCGGCGACGGCUACGGGAGCCUUGCGAAGGUGCCGCAGGAUGUGCAAGCGAAGAUUUUGGACUGGUUCGAGAACUACAAAGUGCCAGAUGGCAAGCCGAAGAACACGUUUGUGUUCGACAAGGAAAUUCGAGGCGUGGACACGGCGCUGGAGAUCAUUGAGCAGUGUGCGCUGCAGUACAACGCGUUGAUGGCGGGCCAGUGCGGCGAUUUCGGCUACUGGCUGCGAUAA